UCUCUCUCUCUCUCUCUCUCUCUCUCUCUCUCUCUCCACAGUUCUCUCCAGCCGGGGACCUGAUCUUCGAGGUGUACCUGGAAAAGAAAGAGCCGGAGAACUGCUGUUUAAUCAAGGUCUCCCCCAGCAUGCGGUCCACGGAGCUUGCAGAAACCGCGCUGAGCAUGAGGAACGUCACCUUUGGUGCCGAUGACUCCUGGACCACGUUUGAAGUCAUUGAGAAUGGAGAGUUAGAGCGGCCGUUGCACCACAAUGAGAAGAUUCUUGAACAGGUGCUGGAGUGGAGCACUCUGGACUGCCCUCGGUCGGCCUUUCUUGUUAUAAAGAAGUUCACCGGGGCCAACAGAGUGUCCGAUGGGAAAGACGAAGGACAGUUGGUGAAAGGAGACUAUCUGAAGUUCAGCGAUGGAUCCUCCAAACUGCUGUCGGGGCACAAAUUCCAGGAUAAAUAUGUCGUUCUACGCGCCGACAAGCUGCUGCUCUACAGAGAUAUCAAAAGCACUAAAGCAGAGAAAGUAAUCCAGCUCCGCUCUGUGAAAUGUUACCUUGGCCUGAAGAGAAAGCUAAAACCUCCAACCAGCUGGGGCUUCACAGUCUACACUGAUAAACAACAAUGGCAUUUCUGCUGCGAGACGAGGGAGGCGCAGGUCAGCUGGGUGGCCGACGUCGUCAGGAUAACGGCGGGUAACUCAAAAGAGGCGGCGUAUCUCAAACCCUUCAAAGGCGGAGCGGUGACCGACGGCCAGAAGAUCACACACAGCCACAACACCAGCAAACAGCUGACAGACAACAGGAUGUCUCUAGUCGAUGGCAACCCAAGGUCCACCACUCUUCCCCACAGGACAAACAUCACAGCCAACUUCGCCAAUCACAAAGACUUGCUCAAGGCCCCAGAAGUCCUGCACAGAAGAACCUCUGUGGAUGCCGGCCAGCCUCGACGCCUCGCGUCCCCGUCCUCGUCCAGACACUCGCAGCCCCUGGCUUUGCCUGUCCCCCCCCAGAGUGGCUGCAAGACCCUCGGCAGGAGACCUGCUCAGGGCGGGGAGAGCAUGAUGCCUCCUAAUCUGCUGAACGAACUUAACACGGUGCUGAGCAAGACGAGUCGCAGCGCCAAGAGCAAUGAAUGACAGGAAGUCGGGAGAAAGAGAGGUACAGAGAAUGGUGAGACAAACAUUCCAGGGCUGAGUACAGAUGAGACGGAGGAAAGAACACGCCAUGCAGAUGGAACCAAAGUAAGUUGCAUUCAUGACUGCUUCUGAACUUGGAUAUCGGGGGGGGGGGGAUGCCGACACACAAGGGGAAGUGGAAAACAGGUGCAGAAGACAUUGGAGGUCAUGCAGACCUCAGCUGGACAUGGCGCUGACCCAAGCACUACAAAGUGUGAUUUAUAUGCCGCUCUUCUAAAACCCAGAGAAUGCUACCGUACGUACGCCGGACUGUCAAAGCCCAGACGUUUCCAGAAAUACUCCAAAGUGCUUGCUUCAUGCGUUCACGUCUGCCGUUACUCUGAAAAUGCUGUUUUGACUACUGAAAAAAACAUUGUAAUUAUUUUAAACCUUAUAAAGGUGAAGUUUAUCUUUUUUACAAGCACUUUGGCUGCAGAAGCUAUAGAUAGCAUUCCCUAUGUUCAGAAUUCUAAAUAGCUAAUAGGCAUGGUAUGCAACAGCUGUUCGUGGUGGGCAAUCUCCAGUAUUAUUUGUAAUUAUAUUUUUUUGUAUUGCUACCUAGCAGUGUUUUUAAGCACCAAUUUAAACUGUGCACCGGCUGCCACCAAAUGUCAUUUUAAUGCGGCGUAUAAAUAUCGGCUCCUAAACGUGCUGAAACAUGCUACUUUACCUGACAUGUUAGUGCAUGUUUCACCUCAAUGUUCAGUGUUUUUGUACAAUGACAGAAUAAUUAACGCCGACCGUUGAGCUAACAUCCCUCAGCGUCGGCUUGUUUUACAUGUUUAUUGGAGAAAAUAAAUGGGAAAAAACACCUCAAAAUAUUAACAAAAUCAUUGGAAUAGCGUUUCUGGAAGAUUUACAGAAGUUUAGAUUUCUUGUUAUUGUUAAGUUUGACACAUUAAAAUGCUCUGAGUUCCACAGAAUUGUUUGUUUUUUUUACAACAUUUAACAUUACUUUUAUUCAAAUUGUCAUUUAAACACAAGUACAUACAUGAAAGUUGACUUCUGCAUUUGGAGCAUCUUAGGGUUCGAGCGUCUCGCCCCAAGGACACUUCACCAUGCAGACGGGAGGAGCUGGGGAUCGAACCACCGACCCUGUCGGUAAAGGAUGAGCCACUCUUCCUGCCCACCUGUUGAACUGAUGAAACAAUCACUUUAAGACUCCAGUCUGCAGAAACACCGUCGAAUAGCCACAAAUAAUAACACCCGUCAAGUUGUGUCGUAUUCUCAACCAGCAGCAGGCCUUGAGAGAUGAGUUCACCUGAACACAAGUACAGUUCUGAUCAGAUUAGCAUCUUAAAAUAUUAGAUUUUUCCUUUGGUUUCUGUUCAGGUGUUCAGGUACUCAGUUGGCCGAUCAUGCUUUUAUACACAGUAUUUCUGAUAGACUCUCACUCGUCCUGGUGAUGAAUUGAGGACAAAUACUGUGCUCUGUACGUUUCUUUCUUUCAUUGCCAAAAGCUCUGGCUCAGAAUGUUUCCUGUGUUCCCACAGACGUGCAGAUGGUGGGAACAAUGGCGAUGGUAUAGGUGUGCGAGUGUGUAUCAGAAAGACAGAGAGAGAGAGAGAGAUACACACACAGGAAAUUGCUUUUUUCGAGAAAUUGCCCUUUUUUUGUACUUUGAUUGCACAGCAAUGAAACUACAAAUACAGCCAGAUCCAUCAGAUAAUUACAGUUGGGUACAAAAUAAAAUACCGCAUGAAGUAAAGCCAUCAAGAUAAUGUGAGAAUGAAAGCGUCAGUGUUCAAAGAUAAUUACCGUCAUUGCUUUCAGGUUUAUUAUACAUCGUGAUUGGAAUUUGUUUCCUGUUCACUUACAAAGAGCUCUUUAUCUGUUUUAUUUCUAUUUUAAUAUUGCAUCUGCUCUCUGAGGUUUGUAUACUACGGUCGUUUGACCGUUUGUUACCGGGUAAAUCUGCACAGUAUCGAUGGGGAUUCUAUUGUCCAUUAGAUGGAUGUCUUUCUGUGCACUCUGUUGUGUUCUCUGGAAGCAACUUAAGCCCCGUUGUGGAUUUAAACACGGGGAAAAAAAACCAAUCUUCCAUUUGACUUAUUUAUAUAUAACUAGAGCAUCAUUUUAUUCAUAGAUUUCAUUAAAUUCUGCAUUUUUCUCCAGUGAAAUGUGAGAAUAAACUCACCAUUUGAAGUCGCACGCCUUUUGUUGAA